GGACCCGCCGCAGUGCUUGGCUGUGGUCCGCCGCGGAUGGAGGGCCACGCCGGUCUGUUUAUAGGAUUUUGUCGCGAACGAACUGCCAGACGUGUGUCAAAUUUAACUUUUAACGCCGCCCACGCCCACCUGGGCCGCCGCGAUUCCGCCCAACAUCUCGGAUUACGACCCUCUGGCCGCGUUUGACUCUUGCCGCCACCCUGAGGCGGUGUUUUGUAGUUUUGGACGUUGUGACGGGUGGAUGUUGUGUGAUUUUGAGGUUAGGAAUGUUUACCGCGGACUUGAACAUCGUGCUCUCUGUGAAAGAGAAGUAAUUGUGUGCUAGUGAUCAUCCUUGGAUAACGAAUUUCGUACGGAAAACGUGUGAUCAGUGAGCCAAGGUUGUGCUUAAGCCGCCUUUAAGGCCCUUUCCUCUGUGCGUCGCUGGUGGAUUAACAGCCCGUGAGGAAUAUUCGUGCAAAAGUGAAGUGCUUAACGUCGUGACUGUGCAAGAAGUAGUAGUUACCCAGGAUUUUAACUACCUACAUUUUGUGCACCAGCGAUUUUGUGUGAAGUGUCUGUGUGUUGUGCUUAAACCAGUGCCGGUUGUGAAACAAACCCCAAUAUUGGAUUUCUUUUCCCUCACGUCGCUGUGUACUGGAUACUUUUAAAUUUGGAAGCGCUAUGACGUGAGCGAUGGCUGCGAUGGCGGUGCUGGUGGCGCUCUGCGCGCUGCUCCUGUUGCACCACCCGACCGUCGGAGAUGACAUCCUGGUCAAGACGUUCUCGGACCAGGGCACGGAGCGGUUCAACCACCUGGUCGUGGACAAGAACACGGGCCGCGUGUUCAUCGGCGCCGUGAACAAGCUCUACCAACUGUCGCCCGACCUGGACCUGGUGAUCGCCGAGACCACCGGGCCCAAGGAUGACCACCCGGACUGCUCAGUGCUGCUGGACUGCCCGGCCAACAUCGUGGUGAAGGCGACCGACAACGUGAACAAGGCCCUGGUGAUCGACUACACGACGACGCGCCUCAUCUCGUGCGGCUCCGUGUACCAGGGCAUCUGCCAUGUGCGCAACCUGCACAACAUCUCGGACGUGUCGCAGAUCGUCAAGGAGGCCGUCGUGGCCAACAACGCGACGGCGUCCACCGUGGCCUUCAUCGCACCCGGGCCGCCCAACCCGCCCGUGUCGCAGGUCAUGUACGUCGGCGUCACGUACACGGGCAACUCGCCGUACCGGUCCGAGCUGCCCGCCGUCAGCUCGCGCUCGCUGGACGCCAACAACAUGUUCUCGAUCGCGGAGACGGCCGUCACCACGGGCACCCGCCAGUUCCUCAACUCGCUGGCGCGCGAGCGCUACCCGAUCCACUACGUGUACGGCUUCGCCAGCGAGGGCUUCUCGUACUUCAUGACGGUGCAGAUGAAGAACACGUCGCCGUCGCCCUUCAUCUCCAAGCUGGUGCGGGUGUGCCACGACGACGAGAACUACUACUCGUACACGGAGAUCCCCAUCGAGUGCGAGCUCGCCAACUCGGCCGGCAAGAAGUACAACCUGGUGCAGGCCGCCUACGUGGGCAAGCCCGGCUCGGACCUGGCCGGCGACCUGGGCAUCACGGCCCAGGACGACGUGCUGUACGCCGUGUUCUCAGAGAGCGACACGAGCGAAGGCGAGAACUCCAUCAAACCUUCGUCCAGCUCGGCGCUGUGCGUGUACUCGCUCAAGAGCAUCCGCAGGAAGUUCAUGCAGAACAUCAAGAGCUGCUUCUCCGGCAACGGCACCCGCGGCCUGGACUUCAUCUCCCCCAGCCACCCCUGCGUCCUCACGGUAUGACAUCUUUCCCAUGUACCACGGUCCACCAACAAGCAAGAUGUCGUCGGAUAAGUAACUCUCAUACUGAUACAAAAGAAACACAGUAAAUG